GCGGAGCAACAGAAAAAGUUUGUAGUCCGUGAAGCAGAACGUGUCCAGGCUAUUCGUCAAGCUCGAGCAGAACGCAUUCAAGCUCGUGCAAGUGCUCAACCAACUCCAAACGGGAUCUCCGUGCAGCCGGGUGCUUGCGUUUUCCUUACGAAAAAUAUUUUACAUCAAUACUCAAGUAUUUAGGAUGUGCCUGUCAUAAAGUUUUAUUUCUAAUAUUCGCAAUCCUGAGACGCCG